GUUAACUUAAAAGACCUCAAAAAUAAAUUUACUAUCUAUUAGUGCACCGCGAUGUUUUCUGAUAUUCAAAUUAUUACUUUUGCAUAGACCUCCCGCCAAUUUCUGACCCAAAUAAAUUCAAAUUAAUCCACAAUUUUUAUAUAUAACACGACAUUUUUCAGUUCCAAAUCGCAUAGCUCGUUUUUGCAACUUUGACUAUCUUUGAGUUAAUAUAUAAUCUCUGUAUAAAACAAAUAUAAUGAUGAACCAUUAUCACUUUGUGGUCUUUUUAAUCACUGUUGCUAUAGUGUGUGCAGUCGAAGCCCAAGAUUCUCCCAGAAUUGUUAAUGGAACUGACGCUGAAGAAGGAGAGUUUCCAUUCGCAGUAUCUCUACGAUAUAAAUCCCGUCACACUUGUGGCGGCACAAUUCUAAACGAAAAAUACAUUCUAAGCGCUGCUCACUGUGUUUGUAACAACCAAGAACCAAGAAAUAGCAGUUAUUACUCUAUUCAGUAUGGCCUUAACAAAAUAUUUCCUGAACCAAUAAACACAAUCAAUAUAUCAAAAAUUUAUUGCAAUCAGUUCAACUCUGAGGCCCUCAUAUACGAUUCUGCUGUAUUAGAGCUAGAAUCUCCGCUUCCUGAUAACGAGAGCUGGAAGCCUGUAAAACUAGCUGAAAACUUUGUAACAGCAGAACCACAAAAUGGAUUAAUUAUUGGUUGGGGCAAAACAGGGCAUGACAAACCUAUAUCAAUAGUUCUUCAAAAACUGGAGGUAGAUAUUUAUGAUGAUGAGACUUGUGGAGCUUCUAUGAACAAUGUACACCAUAUUUGUUUUGGAGCCCUGUCAGGAGGGGCCUGUAAUGGAGAUUCUGGAACAGCUCUUUUAGUUGAUGAUAUGCAAGUUGGAAUUGCUUCUUUUAUCACGAACAAGUGUGGUAUAGCUACAAAGAAGCAUCCUAAUGUAUAUUCACGUGUUUCUACUUACUAUGAGUGGAUAAAUAACAUAAUAAAAGAAGAUUCUCUUUAAAUAAAUAAAUAAUAAAUAAAGUCUAUGUUACUU